UCCGCGGAGUUGGCGGGGCCCGGCGCCGUCGGUCCCGCGCCCGCCGCCCUCCCGCCCCGCGCCGCCCUCCCGCCCCGCGGCCCGCGCCAGGGCCCGAGCGCCCGGGGCGCGGCGCUGACGGCGGCCGGCGCAGGCGCCAUGCCGGGCAGGACGGGCCCCGGCAUGGACGGGAGCGGCGUCCGCGUCCGCCUGAAGGCGCACUACUGCGGGGACAUCCUGAUCACCAGCGUGGGGGCCGCGGUGACCUUCGGCGAGCUCUGCGGGGAAGUCCGGGACAUGUGCGGCCUGGGCCCGCAGCACCCUCUCACCCUCAAGUGGGUGGACAGCGAAGGCGACCCCUGCACGGUGUCCUCGCAGAUGGAGCUCGAGGAGGCCUUCCGCCUGGCCUGUCAGCACAGGGAGGAAGGGCUCGUCAUUCACGUUUUCCCGAGCACCCCCGAGCAGCCGGGCAUGCCCUGCCCUGGAGAAGACAAGUCCAUCUACCGCCGAGGAGCCAGAAGAUGGAGGAAACUGUACCGCGCCAACGGCCACCUCUUCCAAGCCAAGCGCUUUAACAGGAAAGCGUACUGCGGCCAGUGCAGCGAGAGGAUAUGGGGUCUCGCGAGGCAGGGCUACAGGUGCAUCCACUGCGAGCUGCUGGUCCAUAAACGCUGCCACGUCCUCGUCCCGCUGACCUGCAGGAGGCAUAUGGAUUCUGCCAUGCCUUCCCAGGAACCUCCAGUAGAUGACAAGAGAGACCGCGUGGACCUUCCUUCUGAGGAGACGGAUGGAAUUGCUUACAUUUCUUCAACCCGGAAACAUGACAGCAUUCAAGAUGACUCUGAGGACCUUAAGCCUGUCAUCGAUGGAGUCGAUGGAAUAAAAAUCUCUCAGGGGCUCGGGCUGCAGGACUUUGACCUCAUCAGGGUCAUCGGGCGCGGGAGCUACGCCAAGGUCCUCCUGGUGCGGCUCAAGAAGAACGACCAGGUCUACGCCAUGAAGGUGGUGAAGAAGGAGCUGGUCCACGACGACGAGGAUAUCGACUGGGUACAGACCGAGAAGCACGUGUUCGAGCAGGCGUCCAGCAACCCCUUCCUGGUCGGCUUGCACUCCUGCUUCCAGACCACAAGCCGGCUGUUCCUGGUCAUCGAGUACGUCAACGGCGGAGAUCUCAUGUUCCACAUGCAGAGGCAGAGAAAGCUCCCGGAGGAGCACGCCCGGUUCUACGCUGCCGAGAUCUGUAUCGCCCUCAACUUCCUGCACGAGCGAGGCAUCAUCUACCGGGACCUCAAGCUGGACAACGUCCUGCUGGACGCAGACGGACACAUCAAGCUGACGGACUACGGCAUGUGCAAGGAAGGCCUGGGCCCAGGGGACACGACGAGCACCUUCUGCGGGACCCCGAACUACAUCGCCCCUGAGAUCCUGCGGGGCGAAGAGUACGGGUUCAGCGUGGACUGGUGGGCGCUGGGCGUCCUCAUGUUCGAGAUGAUGGCCGGGCGUUCCCCCUUCGACAUCAUCACCGACAACCCCGACAUGAACACGGAGGACUACCUUUUCCAAGUCAUCCUGGAAAAGCCCAUCCGGAUCCCGCGCUUCCUCUCCGUCAAAGCCUCGCACGUCCUGAAAGGAUUUUUAAACAAGGACCCCAAGGAGAGGCUGGGCUGCCGGCCACAGACGGGGUUUUCCGACAUCAAGUCCCACGCCUUCUUCCGCAGCAUCGACUGGGACCUGCUGGAGAAGAAGCAGGCCCUGCCGCCCUUCCAGCCACAGAUCACGGAUGACUACGGCCUGGACAACUUCGACACGCAGUUCACCAGCGAGCCCGUGCAGCUGACCCCCGACGACGAGGACGUCAUCAAGAGGAUCGACCAGUCCGAGUUCGAGGGCUUCGAGUACAUCAACCCGCUUCUGCUGUCCACCGAGGAGUCCGUGUGAGGCGGCCUGGGGCGACCCCCGCGGGCGCCUGCGACGACCCGAAACUUUAUCCUUCACCACAGCGCAUGCAUGCCAGGCCGC